AUGCACCGACUCGUCACAGCAACCGGAGUUCUGGCCUUCCUGGCCGACGAGGAGCCCGAGCUCCGCGUGUUCGCCCUGCGGACCCUCAAUGAUGAUAUUGAUACCGUCUGGACCGAGGUUGCCGGCUCACUGAGCCAGAUCGAGGCUCUCUAUGAAGACGAACAGUUUCCCGAGCGCCAGCUUGCCGCUCUUGUCCUCGCCAAGGUCUACUACCACCUGCAAGCCUAUAAUGAGAGCAUGACCUUUGCCCUGGCUGCCGGCGACCUGUUCAAGCUCAACAACCCUGGCGAGUUCGAGGAGACUAUCAUCUCCAAGUGCGUAGAUCAGUACAUCGCUGUUUCCUCCUCGCGCCACGCACCGGCCAAGCAGUCCAAGAAUGACACCCAUCUCCCAACUCUCGCCACUACUUUCUCGAGCAGUUCUCUCGAGGGAUCUGCCCUGAUCUCUCCCACCACCCCCUUCUCGCAAUCGACCCUGCCUUCCAAGUCGCUCCUGUCACGCGGUUCAACUGACAACACCAUCCUCGAUCCUUCCUUCCAACCGACCAAGGAAGGCCGAUCUGCCUCGGUCGCCCAGAUCGCCGAUUCGAAUACCCAGGUCGCACUCCAGAGGGUCAUUGAGCGGCUGUUUGAGAACUGCCUGAAAGAAGGCAAAUACAAACAGGUUGUAGGAAUCGCCGUGGAAGCUAGGAACCUCGACGUCCUGCGCCGGGUAAUUAAGCGCGCAAGUGAGGAUGAGAGUCGCUCAAAGGACAAGACACCCGAGGCUGGGCAGGGCUCCGCCGAAGAGCUGAUGGACUAUGCCCUGAGCAUUUGCAUGGACAUCGUCCAGGAAAGAAGUCUUCGGACCGAGAUCCUCCGUCUGGUCCUCGACCUCUUGAACGACAUAGCGAAUCCGGACUACUUUGCCAUCGCCAAGUGUGUUGUCUAUCUGGACUCGGAUGAGGAGGCGUCUACCAUGCUUCGAGCCCUCUUGAGCAAGGGCGACCGAGACUCGAUCACUACGGCAUAUCAGAUCGCCUUUGACCUCUACGACAACGGCACCCAGGAGUUCCUGGGCAAGGUGGUCAAGUCCCUACCCUCGGGCGAGCAGCCCAAGAAGCCCGAGACGGAUGAGGCUGGGGACGAGGCUGCCGAAACCGAGCCAUUGCUGCAGAUCGAGGAGGAGGAGGAGGCUGAGGAGGAGCUCUCGGAGGAGUUGGCGAAGGCGUACAAGAACAUACGCUCCAUACUCAGCGGCAGCAAAGCCAUCCAGCUCAACCUUGAGUUCCUCUACCGCAACAACCACACCGAUCUCAGCAUUCUCAACAAGGUACGAGACAGCUUGGAGGGUCGCAACUCGAUUUUCCACACUGCCGUUACUUUCUGCAAUGCCUUCAUGAAUGCCGGCACCACGCACGACAAGUUCUUCCGGGAUAAUCUGGACUGGCUCGGCAAGGCGGUCAACUGGUCAAAGUUCACGGCGACAGCAGCACUGGGUGUGAUUCACCGUGGCAACCUGACCCAAUCUAGGAGGCUUCUUGAGCCUUAUCUGCCGCGCCAGGGCGGUAUCAGCAGUGGCUCCAUCUACAGCCAAGGUGGAGCGUUGUACGCCUACGGUCUUAUCCAUGCGAACCACGGCGCCGACGCCGUACCCUAUCUACGGAACAUGUUUUUGAAGGCAGAAGAGGAGGUCAUCCAGCACGGUGGUGCCUUGGGUCUUGGCAUCGCAGGCAUGGCGACAGGGGACGAGGCCAUCUACGACGACCUUAAGAACGUACUGUAUGGGGACUCGGCCCUCAACGGCGAGGCGGUUGGCGUGGCCAUUGGCUUGAUCAUGCUCGGGACCAAGAAUGAAAAGGCGAUUGAGAACAUGUUCAUCUAUGCUCACGAGACGAGCCACGAGAAGAUUGUCCGAGGCUGCGCCAUCGGCAUAGCCCUCAUCGUGUUCGGUAGACAGGAGGGCGCCGAUUCGACCAUCAACGUCCUCCUCAACGACCCCGAUCCCAUCAUGCGCUACGGCGGCAUUCUCUCGGUUGCCAUGGCCUACUGCGGCACCGGCAGCAACAAGGCCAUUAGGAGGUUGCUCCAUGUGGCCGUCAGCGACGUUAAUGAUGAUGUCCGCCGCAUUGCUGUCAUGAGUCUUGGCUUCAUUCUCUUCCGCAAGCCGGGGAGCGUGCCCCGGAUGGUUGAGCUGCUUGCCGAGUCGUACAACCCCCACGUCCGAUACGGUUCUGCUAUGGCCCUUGGCAUUUCCUGCGCCGGAACUGGGCUAGACGAAGCCAUCGACCUGCUCGAGCCCAUGAUGAAGGACCCGACAGACUUCGUCCGCCAGGGCGCGCUUAUCGCCCUUUCAAUGAUCAUGGUCCAGCAGAAUGAGGUCAUGAACCCCAAGGUCGCCGCCAUCCGGAAGACGCUGAAGAAGGUCGUGGGCGAUCGCCAUGAGGAUGCCAUGACCAAAUUCGGCGCCUCGUUGGCGCUCGGCAUCAUCGAUGCCGGCGGGCGCAACUGCACCAUCGGCCUCCAAACCCAGACGGGCAACCUGAACAUGCCUGCUAUCGUGGGUAUGGCUAUAUUCACCCAGUACUGGUACUGGUUCCCCUUCACCCACUUCCUGUCUCUGAGCUUCGUCCCCACAUCCAUCAUCGCCCUCGACCACGAUCUGGAGAUCCCAAGCGUCAAGUUCCACUGUGCUACCCGGCCCAGCCUAUUCGACUACCCGCCCGAACAAGAGGUCAAGGCCGAGGAAGGCCCAACCCUUGUCACCACCGCCGUCCUAUCGACAACUGCGCAGGCGAAACGCCGAGCCCAGAAGAAGGAGCGCGCCCAACGUCGCGAGAGCAUGGAUAUUGACUCCACGCCCACCGUCUCGAAGACGGCCUCGCAACCGUCGGCGGACAAGAUGGAGGUCGACGAGACGAAGUCGAAGACUGAUGAGUCUAACGAGAAGAAGGAGGGCGAAUCCGGCACCGAGAAGGAGACGUCGGCUGCGCCAGAGGCCAAGAAGAAGGCCGAGAAGGAGAAGGUUGGCUUUGAGAUCGAGAACAUGUCUCGUGUGCUUCCGGGGCAGCUAAAGUACAUCAGCUUCCCGGCUGGGCGCUACGAGCCGGUGAAGAAGCCAACUGGAGGCCCCCUUCUCCUAGUCGACUCCAGACCUGACGAACCCAAGGCCCUAAUUGACGAGAAGCUUAAGAAGAUGACGACCGAGAAGGCCCCUGUUGCAGGUGGCGGAUCUAAUGCGGGCGGUGGGUUUUCGGGAGCCGGCGCCAACCUCACCCCACGCCAGACCCAGACACUCCUCUCUCAGGCCCUCAGCAGGGCCGGCGGGCCGGGCGGCAUGGCCAACAUUCGCGACCUCAACGAGCUGUUCCAGCGCACCGAGGGCGGCCAGGCGGGCUCGAACCUCUUCGGCGAGGAUGCUCCCGGCAGCGGGAGCGGGGCCGCCGCCGCCCUUGGCGUGCUGACGGCGGUGGACGAGGACAACGAGGGCGACGCGGAGGCGACCGUGCCGGGGGAGUUUGAGUACUUCACGGACACGGAGGACGACGCGUAA